AUGGCCUCUCAGGUUUUGCAGCUCGACCGCCUCUUGGCGGUGUUGCUCAUCGCAGUGGUUGCAAAAUAUACUGUUCAAUUCAUCAGACACAGGUACUUGGCCAGAAAAUGGCACACUGAGCCUAUAGUCAACAGCAGAUCAAUACUCGGUAUGCUCCCUGAGCUAUUUGAUCACCAAAGAGACACUGCCCAAGGAUUUCUUUUGGAGAGAAUGUUGGACAGGUUCGAGAGGACCCAGGCCAACACGCUUCUGAUGGCCAUCCCCAGCUCCACAGGGCAAUUGAUCCUCACCAUGAGCCCAGAUAACAUGAAGGCGAUGCUUCUGACGCAAUUCAACGAAUUUAGCAUAGGCGUGCGGAAGCAGGCGUUCGGCCCGCUUUUGGGCAACGGGAUCUUUGCUCUGGAAGGGCACCACUGGAAACACCUGAGGACAUUGCUCAAACCGCAGUUUGCCAGAGAGCAGGUGGCACAUGUGCAGAUGUUGGAGCCCCACGUUCAGAUCUUGGCCAAGCACAUCAGGAAAAACGCCGGUAGUUUUUUCGACAUCCAGCUGUUGUUCCACAGAUUCACCUUGGAUGCCGGCACCCAUUUCCUCUUUGGCGAGAGUGUCAACGACUUGAAAGACGAGACGGUGGGUUACAACCCAGACGACUACUACAUCGAGGGCAGGGACGAGUUCAACACCGCCCUCACGUUUGUGCAGCUGUACUUGGUGAAACGGCUGUCUCUAUUCAACUUCUACUGGAUCGCCAGCUCUAAGCAGUUCAGAGAUAGCGUCAGGCACAUCCACGACUACACGAAUCAUUUCGUUAACAAGGCGUUGCAAUUGAAGCCAGAGGAGAUCGAGGCCCGCUCCAGAGAAGGGUACACCUUCUUGUAUGAGUUGGUCAAGGACACACGAAACCCCGUUGACAUUCGAGACCAGCUCUUGAACAUCAUGUUGGCGGGCCGCUCCACCACUGCGUCGCUUCUUCUGUCGGCGAUGUCAGAGCUUUCCAGGCACCCCGAUGUUUGGAGAAAGUUACGUGAAGAGGUUAUUAUGCAAUUUGGUACUGGGGAACUGCCCGAGGAGCUUGAAAGCAUCACGUUUGAGUCGUUGAAAAAGUGCAACUACCUCAAGUGGGUCAUCAAUGAGACCCUCAGAGUGUACCCACCAGUGUCCUCGAAUCUUCGAGAAGCACUUAAGGACACGACGUUGCCCAGCGGAGGCGGCAAGGAUGGCCGGGCGCCGAUCUUUGUUCCCAAGGGUGCAGUGGUGAUUUUCCUGAUCUACUGUGUCCAGCGGCUGAAGAAACACUAUGGGCCUGACGCCGACGAGUUCCGGCCUGAAAGAUGGGCCAAUCUCAACAAGAUCGGCUGGGCGUUCAUGCCGUUUGGAAGUGGGCCUCGUAUAUGCUUGGGCCAGCAGUUUGCUCUCACUGAGGCUCUGUAUGUGUUGGUGAGGUUGGCGCAAAUGUUCCACACGUUGGAGACCGCUGGCGGAGAGUACCCAGCCAGGAAACAGGCGAACGCCACGUUAAGAUAUACUGAUGGCGUGAAUGUCAGAAUGGCGUAA